ACUUUGUAUACUUCGAGUCCUCGGCAACUGCUCCGUAUCAAAUCCGUCGAAUCGACGAACUGAAUAAAACUCCCACCGGCGCUGUUGAGGCUAAGGUUGCUUGCUACUUUCGUCGACGAGACGUAUCGAUCGCACUGAUCAAUCAGGCUGAGAAAUAUUAUGUCAGUGACUAUGAUUCAGAUGAAGAUUGUUCGGAUGCUAGUGGAAAGUCAACCGGUACUCCUAAUGGCUCCAACAAACGGUCGCACUUUGCAAUAUCCGAAGUGGAUAAACAUCGAAUCAAGCAUCGGGAGCUGUUCCUCUCACGUCAGAUCGAAUGUUUACCGGCUACACACAUACGCGGCAAGUGCUCCGUCACCUUGUAUAACGAUGUCGAACCGCUGACCAAUUACCUAAAACGGGAAGACGCAUUCUAUUACAAGCUGAUAUAUGAUCCCUCGUUAAAAACCCUGCAAGAAGAUAGAGGAUCUAUGCGUAUCGGAUCGGAUCAUCAAUCAGAAAUUCAACCAUUCCUCAAAGAUUCCUCGACGGAUAGCCGUCUGAACACUCAUCUUGAAGAGCUAGUUUGGAAACCAGGAUCCAUGACUGACGAGGAAAUCGAUAUGUUUUGUCUUCUUGUCAGAGCUGUGGGUACUCUUGGACGGGCCUACGAUCCCAGCUCGGCAACCAGACAGCCUCUGUUACUAGGCGCGGCUACCGCAGCCGGACGUGAUAUCACCAAACAAUACGCACAUGAUCUUUUGCAUCGAGCGAACUAUGAUCUAAAAAAAGCCAUAUCACUAUUGCUUCCAGGUAACCAACCGGUAAUUUGCCGGGAUCAACUUGAGGAAUGGUCUCCUAGUGAAGCCCAACUUUUUGAGGAGGCUCUUGAUAAGUAUUCCAAGACAUUCUCGGAAAUUCAGACGGAAUCUUUGCCCUGGAAAACACACAAGUCAUUGGUGGAGUUGUACUAUUUUUGGAAAACUACUGACCGGUACGUGAGACAGCGUCGCACGAAGUUGGCCGCUCAGGAACACAAACUAAAACAAGUGUACAUACCAAAUUAUAGCAAACCAAAUCCUGCUGUGCUCUACAAUGGCUCCGACAAAGCCGGUCGUGGUUGCGAAGGCUGUUCCGCUACUUCUUCCUCGCAGUGGUACGCCUGGGGUCCUCCAAAUCUUUUGUAUCGGCUUUGCUCCAGCUGUUGGACAUAUUGGAAGCGAUACGGUGGGCUGAAGAAUCUCGCACCCAAAGAGCGCGCUGCUACCCUGCGUAAUCCACCUUCAUCACACACCCCAUCGGCCGAGCCCGAAUCGAAAGCGGCUGGAGGGGCAAGCAACACGAAUGCAACAGCCGCCCCGGCUAAUCCACCAGCAAAUGUCUCUCGACCUGCGCACCAUGCCAACCCGUUCUUGGUGGGCAUCAAUCCCACUGGUGCGCAUGCAAACCAUACUCCUGGAACCGGUUCGAAUACUACUAACUCGAAUCCAGGACGCUAUGCUGACGGAAUGGGUUUGCCUGCUGCUUUGGCUGGAGCUCCGCGGGGAACUCAGUGCUCCAAAACUGCAGCGGUUAUAAGACUCGCUCGUAUUCUCUGUCCCAAUCUUGUCCGCCCCCUCCGCUUGGCUCGUCGUCCGGGUAGACAUGCAAGCACAACGGCCUUAUUGGCCAGUACCGCCACAACAGCCGUUGGGAAUAAGGAACCUGGUUCCGCGGACCAAACGGUUUCCCUCGAAGCGCUGUGCGCUGCUGGUAAGUUCGUAUUUCAUUAA